UUAGGGCGGAGAAAGGAGAGGAAAGGCUGUCUCAUCAGCGACUCAUCACCAUGGGAGGAAACGGCGGCGGAGGGCACGGGGUGCACCAUGGCGGGGUGGAGGAUUUUAGGAACAAGGUGUGGAGCAUGACGGGGGGGCCCUACUGCCGGCCCAAGCACUGGAAGCGCAACACCGCCAUCGCCAUGUUCGGCGCCUUCCUCGUCUGCAUCCCCAUCGCCAUGAAGUCCGCGGAGCUCGAGCAACGGCCUCAUUAUCCUGUUCGCCCAAUUCCUUCACAGCUUUGGUGCAAGAACUUUGGCAAGAAAGAAUACUAGAGCCAAGCUUUUCAAAUACUGAAAUCUGGAAUGAUUCUUCUUCUGCUUCUAAAAAAAAAUCAGCAUUUUUCUACCGUUAUCCUUUGGUCUACAUGCUCAGCUGUUGUCGUUUAAUGUUCUUAUUUAGCAUGAUAAACCGAACAAGCCUCUUGAUCCAGAGGGAUGCUUCUUGGAGUUUAGAUGAAAUAAGUAAAUAUUUGGUUAAUCAAAGCACUCGAUGGUGGAUUGUGGAAGAAAUGUAGUUUGUGUUUAUGUAAGAACUACUUAACUUUGCAUCGUCAGUUCUUUUAAUUUGAAUUAUGUUGUACAUGUUUCUGAACAUAGGUAAUAACCUGAAUGGGACAGUUACAUUA